AUGUACAGAUCCGCGAGCUGGAACCGUGUGACCGAGGAUUACUCUGUGCCUUGAUCCGCGCCAAAGGGAUUGUGGAAGGGAGUAGACGAAGACGAGCCGGCUCCAUACGAUCCUGCCGGCCAAGAGAUGACAAAGAAAGAGAAGUCACGUGGCAAGUUCGCUGAAAACGCCGUUCACAUAAUCCCUUUUGUCCUUCUCGCUUGUGCUCUCGUCCUUUGGUUUUUCUCUAAUCCAGAUGUGGAUGUUGGAGUAAAAGGGGAAUCGAUUGCGGCUAGAAUCGAAGGAUUAACGAUCGAAGGAGACAUUGACAAUGACAGCGACGGAACUCAGACUGGAUUCUUAGGCGCCGCCACAGAGGUUGGACGUUCAGACAAGCCGAAACUAAAACACGACGUUAAUAAGCGUCAUCGAAGGAUACAAAUUUCAAGGAAAGUGGUGAAAGGGUUUUAUUAG